AGAUGGACAAAUGUUUCAAAUGAUGAGGACCUGUGUUCCAGUUGAUGCAGGCUUCAGGUUCAUUUGCUUCCUUAUUUGAAGCGUCUCGAAGUGUCCUUCAAACCUCAAUAAAAAGCAAGCUGUCCUCAACUCUUUCUCUCUCUCCUCCUUUUUUUUUUUUUUUUUUCUCUCUAGGGCCCUCUCCCUGCGAACACAUCAAACUCACCUGGUUCCAUUAUUUAAAAUCUUCUCCAAGCAACAACAAACACUCAUUAACUCCCCCCCUCUCUUUUCAAAUGGCCGAUGUUUCUGACAAGAGAGAGUUUAGGCUUCCCUCAGAGUUUCUCAGCAACGAGCACAUGUUCAUGGAGAAAGAAAACUUCAACAAGCGUGGGCUCAGCUCUGCUUGGUCUAGCUUCUGCUUCCCCACUGAGUUUCCGUACAAAUUCGGCUCAUCCUCUGUACUCAGCUCUCCGGUGGAGUCGGUGGUCGGUUCAACCGACCCAGAGAGUGACGACGACUACUGGGACUUUCUCCACGGGUUGACUCGCCAGUUGUCUCAUUCCACCCUGCAACAAACUCAGAACACGAAGAAAACAUGGGUUUGCCCUGAUUCGCCGCAAUCGACACUAGCCGGAAUCGGAAGCUGGUCCGGUCCAAGCGCAGUCUCUAGCAACGGAAGCCCAAAGUCACCGCCGACGACGCCUUUCACUGCUCCGAUCGAACCUUGGGAUCUGAUAUACGCAGUCGCUGGACAGUUCGCUAGCUUGAAGACGAACGGUGAAGGACCACCCAAUGCCAGAGGACUUCUCGGCGACCCACGAGCUCUGAUUCCCACAACUGGGUUCUACUCAAAUCACUCUCUCACUCCAAAUUUCUCAGAGGCCAGUCAUUUUAAUAGAGUGAGACAAGACCAAGUGUUGAAGCAACAGUACUCUUCCAUUUGGGGAAGACAAGCCAGAGAGGGUUUUUCAAAUCACCAAAUUUCUGAAAGCAGGGAAGAGAGGCUGUGUGGGGGUUUUCAAUCAAGGUGGUCUCCGGUCUGUUUACAACAUCAACCCCGCCAAAAUGAGCAGCAAUUGCAGUGUGGUUCAGGCAAGAGAGGUGUGUUUGUUGGUGGUGGAUCUGGUGUGAAGAGGAAGUGUGCUGGCACUGGUGUCUUUUUGCCUCGCAGAUAUGCUAACCCUUCAAAUCCCAGCAAGAACACAGCAGGUUGUUCAAGUGCUCUGCUCCCAGAUAGGGUUGUACCCGCUCUGAACAAUAAUACUCAGCCUCAUCCCCACUUCAAUACUACUUUUACCUCGGGCUAUGAUGAUUUGAGGGGUCAGAGGAAUGCAACAUUGACACAGCAGAAGAGAAGUUUAGGGGCAGAAAGGGCAGUGAAUCAUGAAGUUGUCCUCCCUCAGGAGUGGACCUAUUGAUCCCGUCUUGUCAGUAUCAAAGUUCUCCAUGAUAAGUGUUGUUUUGUUGGUGGUGAUAGAAGCAAAAAUAGGAAGGUAGAAGAAGCUGUUGGGAUUGACAAUUGGUAUUUGUUUAUUCAGGAAAAGAAAUUGAUAAAAGGACUGUAGGUAGAAGAAAAAUAAGAGCUCCAAAAAUGGUUUUUUUAAUUUUUAAUUUUUAUUUUUAAUUUAAUUUUUUGGAGUUUUAGAUUUGGAGGUUUGUUUGGAAGAAUGGGCAGCAGUAAAAGGUUGGUGAAGGUGGUUUUUGGUUGUAAUAGUAAAUAAGUGGAUAGUUUAGGGGUGUUUUUGGCAGGGUCAUUGGCAUAUUGUUAGUGAAGUGAAAUCCACAACCCUCUUCAUGUAAUGUUCCAUGGCUGUUAUAACACUAAUAAUAUGACUAAAGUUAUGUUUUUAUUA